CGUGUUGUUACAGACACGUCAUCUGCAGGAGAAAAAAAAAAGAAGAAAGAGAAUUUUUUUUGUUCUUUAAAGUAGAGUUUCGCCUCCUGCUGGGAAUCUGGGCUCGCGUGUGUCUGGAGGAGCCGAUUUCUAUACAGGGGCCGAGGGAAGGGGGUGGGAAUGAGCAGCAGUAGCGCUAGUGAGUGCUGCUAACUGCCUGUUCUGCUAACUGCCAGUGCGCCUAACUGCCUGCGCUCUUAACUGCCUGUGCCAGGGAUUUAUGCUGCUGCUGCUUUCUCUGCGGAUCUGUCUCCUUUCCCCGUAGCCGCGACCCCGUCCCUGGACACCAGACUGCAAGAAUGACUUGUCCCUGGCUGCUGCUCUGGAGGCAGUUUCUGUGUCCGGGCUGCGGGAGUAAAGUGUCCUGAGGAAGGGCAGGGAGCGCGGUUCGACUACUCGCAGCUAAGGAAGGAGAAAGGGAAACUCGCUCCUCUCCUGUCACAUGUUGGGGAGGCUGAACAACUCCGACACGUGGUCUGAGGUGGAUUAAGUAAUGAUCCUCCGCCUUUAUGCCAUGGUGAUCUCAUACUGUUGUGCCAUCUGCGCUGCCCCCUUCCAGAGCCGGAACACAGAUUUGGAUUAUGGCCCCGAUAAAACAUCAGAAGCCUCAGACCGGCAAUCAGUUCCCAACAACUUCAGUCAUGUCCUGCAAAAUGGGUUCUUUCCAGAUUUGUCAUCCACCUAUUCCAGCAUGGCUGGUAAGGACUGGAACCUAUACUCACCUAGAGUGACUCUUUCAAGUGAGGAGCCUUCUGGACCUCCACUACUUUUCUUGUCAGAGGAGACAGUGGUACAUCCAGAACCAGCCAACAAGACUUCCCGGCUAAAACGGGCAUCAGGAUCUGAUUCGGUCAGCUUGUCCCGUCGGGGAGAGCUCUCUGUGUGUGACAGUGUCAACGUCUGGGUUACCGAUAAACGUACAGCCGUGGAUGAUCGGGGUAAAAUAGUGACUGUCAUGUCUGAGAUUCAGACUCUAACAGGACCACUGAAGCAAUACUUCUUUGAGACCAAGUGCAAUCCAUCAGGCAGCACCACUAGAGGAUGCCGAGGUGUAGACAAAAAGCAAUGGAUAUCUGAGUGCAAAGCAAAACAGUCUUAUGUGAGGGCUCUGACCAUAGAUGCCAACAAGCUUGUGGGUUGGCGUUGGAUCCGUAUUGACACAGCGUGUGUCUGUACCUUGUUGAGUCGGACAGGAAGGACGUAAAAGACGAGGGUUAGCAAAAUAGAGAGAAGAGGUUGAUCCCUCUCCUUGCAUUACUGUGGUUAGGGAAUGAGGAAUGCUUUUCCUUAACCUGUUUACAGCAUGGCACAAAAGGCCUUCAACACACACAUUCCUGGAGUCUCAACACCAAUGUAAACAUUUACAGAAGAGGCUUCCAAGAUGCAUGCAACUGGAUAUAAAUGAGCACCAAGUGGCCUUGUUCAGCAGUUCCGGGAGGAGAAUCUUACUUUCCGUUAGCUCACUCAGUGCCUUUUCACGUUGGAGUCAUGCGGCUGAUGACUAUAUCAUGGAAUAUUGUUACAGGGAAGGCAGAAAACUGGCACUUUCACUGGUGCCUGGUAUUUACUGUGUCGCCUUUACUCAAAGAGCUGGAAAUCUUGAAGAGUUUGAUUGUAAAAACGGGCAACGUAGAACUUUGCUAGCAUUGAACGUGACAGAUUUGGCUAAGCUGGUACAUUAAAUGUGAAGAAGGUCCUUGGAGCAGCAAAUGAUUCCCCCCCGGGGGAUGGUGUCCCCCCAUCCCCAUUUGACAAUUCAUAUUGUAAGCUAGUAUAAAGGGAUUAUUCUAUUUGUAAAUUUUAUAUAUAUAUAUAUAUACAUUAUAUAUAUAUUGAGAACUAUAACUUAUUUGCAACAAAUUUUUAUGGACUGCUACUUGUGGUCUUUGGAUCCUGCCUUCCACAGCUUCUCUUUUUCUACCCCAUAUUUAUUUCCUAUUGGCUUAUAACCAUGUUAUAACCCGGCUGACCCACCUGAAUAGGCACAGCUUGGUGGAUUCUGUUAGAUGAUCAGCAAUUGUUAUUGACCUGCCUUUGACCUAGUUAGGGAAAUAAUGUGUGUUUCUAAAUAAGUGGUAAAAUAGAAGUAUAUGUAUGUUUGACUAUAUGAAAAUCAGAUUGCAAUCUGCCAUAUUGUUUGCGAUGAUUAUGGCAAUGCCCCUAAAAAUCAAUGGCAUUGGCCUAUCUUCCAUGCAUAGCAAUUUCUCUUAUAUACGGAUAUCCAUGUUAGGGGGAAAAAGGUAGAUAAACCCGCCUUAUAAAUAGGACAUGGUUCUCUCCAACAGAACAUCUACUAUUCUUAAAGGGGACCCGUCACCCAAAAAAAUUAUUUCAAAUCCUAUUUUAUCAUGUUAGUCAAGCAAAAUGAACUUUAAUUCCACUGUA